AGGCCUCAAACAACUCUCCAGUGUGCACAGCUUAGGAUUUACCCUCUUAAACGGUAAAAAAAAAUGAAAUAAAAAACCUGACAGGCCUUCAAAACAAAUGUCCGCUUGUGCUUUGGCUUGGCGAUUGCUCCCUGAGGGCCUUUGCCCAUCCUUGUCCCCUCUGUGCUUCCUGAACAGAUUUUGACUGGGUGUGGGAUGACCUGAAUAAGUCGACGGCCACCCUGCUGACCUGCGACAACCGCAAGGUGAACUUCCACAUGGAGUACAGCUGUGGCACCGCCGCUAUCCGGGGGAACAAAGAGCUGGCAGAUGGGCAGCACUUCUGGGAGAUCAAGAUGACGUCCCCAGUCUACGGCACAGACAUGAUGGUGGGAAUUGGGACGUCGGAUGUGAAUCUGGACAAGUACCGCCACACCUUCUGCAGCCUGCUGGGCAAGGACGAGGACAGCUGGGGACUGUCCUACACAGGACUACUGCAUCACAAGGGAGACAAAACCAACUUCUCUUCGAGGUUUGGCCAAGGGUCCAUCAUUGGGGUGCAUUUGGACACAUGGCACGGGACACUCACGGUCUUCAAAAAAUGCAAGUGCGUAGGUAAGAGCAAGGGCAGCCGCAGCGGCCGGCAAACAGAGGGAUUGGGAGCGGGGAGCAGCACAGCUUUGGCUGAACUCCGAGUUUGGCUGCAGCAGGGCUGCAGGAGAAAAUGCUGGCAAAGUAGAUGACCAAGGCGUGAAGCAAGUGGGAGGAAGGUUACAUUUGUUGUUUAAUAGAUGCAUUGAAAAGACCUGUUGACUCGAAGAGGUCCCAGCUCUGUGCAGCAGGUAAACUGCAGCCAAAGAGCUGAGCUUCAUCUCCUGACUUGCUCUCAAAGCCAUUGCCUCUUCCUGAAGGCUCCAACCCUCUUCUCACUGUCAGCAGAGACAAGAUUUAAGGUGGCCUCCUGGUUUCAGAGCAUAUUAGACUCUAGUCAAACCAUGGACUUGACUCAUCAAAAGACAAAAUCAAAGAGCAGCCCCCUCCUCCUAAUUGUCAUGUGUUGGUUAGGUAUCUGCCAUGAACUCCUCACACUCUGGGACACGAUCAGGCAGCAGCACAUAGGGAAACGGGCUCCUAGAGAUGCAUCUGCAUCACUGUUGUGAAAGAGCAGUUACUUACACAAGCUGUUAGUGAUCUUUCUCGAGUCGCUGGUUGUGGGAGCAGCUCGGAACACCUGGCAUUUGUUUUCGAGUGAACGUUAGAAUUUGUUGUGCUGUAUGUUUGCCAAGCCUUUGAAGAAGUAGUUUUACAAGGUCAGGUCGGAGGAUGGCCUGGUGUACGCCUGGGAAGAUGUGGCUGAAGACAGUCACGAGUAUGUGUGUGGAAUGUAUUUAUCUUUAAGUGUUCUGAGGACUGGCAAACAUCCCAGCUGAGCCAGAUAUGCGCUCCUGUUUUUGUAAUAUUUAAGUAUGCUGUAAGAGACAACAAAGAGGUCUUUUUGCCGUUGCUUCAGAACCAUCUCAUCAUCCUGAGUGCCUUUUUCACAUGGUGACUUUAAUUGCUUUGCAUGUUGGCUCCUGCUGCUUCUCCUGUAUCAAAGGCUGUAUUAAACUGUAAUAAUAAAAGUAGAAACUGUCUUUCGUUCCUCUUCUGGCCCUUGGAGGCAGGCAUCUGAAGGCGCUUGUCAAAAAUAGCUACGCUAGCACAGCUACCAGCCUCAGGGGAUGUUUUCAAUGCAACACUUGUGUGUCAGAUCUAGAGGAGGUAAAGGCGGUGGAGAUUACCUUGCCUCUGCCCCGGGAGGGAGGGUUCUUGUGCUUCCCGCUGAAACACUGGUCUGGCUGGGUGUAGUGGUGCAUUUCUUCCCCCUCUCUGGGCUGAUCUACGAACUUGGGAAGUCUCGCUAGGCCUUAGCAUAAGUGUAUUGAGUUGUGCAGUUAAGCAUCCCUUGACUGCACCAGGAACUCUUGCAUGGCUAAGACAGGGAGCUGCACUGACCAUACCAAGGACUGCUGUUGCCCAGUGGAGGCUGAGGACGGGAGUAGGGAUAGUCAGUAAUUUCCUGACAACCUUGGGACAUGUUUCAGUCCUCUCCUGACAGCCUUGGAGCAUCCUGUAUCUGAAUCUUAAGUCAUUCUCUGACAGCCUUUGAGCCUUCCUUAUUGGAAUCAUAACUCAUGUGAAAAGGUACCAAGGCUACUGGAGUCCCAGUAAUUUGCUGAUGACUAAAGCCAAUCAUCUCCCAAACCCAUGAACAGCAGUACUAAGUGAGACCCUUUGAGCUCUCCUGCACUGCAGUGGGCUGCAACCAGCAUCUCCCUCUGAGUGGGAUGCUUCUCGGAGCUCGCAAACUUUUCGGUUUGCCAAGACCGGAGGUCUGUCGCUGAAAGCUGACAACACUUGGGCUGAUACUCUCUGCUCCUUGAGGCUCAAUCCUUUGCCCAUUGAGAAAGAUGCUGAAGCACUUGACGUGAGUAUUUUCACUGAACUCAAGGGGAAUUUUUAACAGGUAUAUACCUCUUUUACUUGGUUAUGUAUAUCUCAGUGUCUUUGUGCAUGUGUGUGUGUACUAACCUGAAUAUUUUAUAGCAAGUAUAUUACUGCUUUUCAUCUAUACAUAAGUUACCGUUGUGAACUUUAUUCAACUGUGAAUGAAUCUCUGGCUGCUAUUAUAAUCCCUUUAGAUAUAAAGCGUUGACCAAGUCUGGGACUAGGAGUGGAUCCAGCCACACCUAAGCUCCAUCAGGAGUUUAGAAAGCAAGGGGGUCUUCUUUGAACCUUGUGACUCAACGGGAGGGUCUCCCCUACCUUUUUACAUUCCUGAUCUCUGUAAAUAAAUUCUAACCCAAUUUGCCUUUGUAUGUUUCUCUCUUAACCUCUUGUAUUGUGGGUGUCGUAGUCUUAGUUUG